AUGCCUGAGGCUACAAAUGCACCAAAAACGUCCUGGGCGGACGACAUCGAUGAGCUCGAGCAACCUGUAAAGGUACUCCAGGACACAGUCGACGAGAACGGAGUUCGCACAGUCGUCGAAUAUGGCGUGAACGAUGAGGGCAAGAAGGUCAAGAUCACGAGGAAGACAAAGCGUGUCUUGCAGAAGGCCGCAGUCCCGCACGCCGUCGCAGAGCGCAAGACGUGGGCCAAGUUUGGCGACGAGAAGGGCAACAAGCCCGGCCCGGAUCGCGCGACUACGACUGUCGGCGAAAAUGUGUACUUGAAGCUCUCGGCGGGUAACAAGUCUUCUGAGCCGGAAGCGACCCCGGAGGCGACGAUGAAGGCCAACCUGCAAAAAGCCGGCGCCGGCAAGCUCACGUGUCGUCUGUGCAAGGGCGCUCACUUUACCGCAAAAUGUCCGUACAAGGACUCGCUGGCCGGCCUCGACGGCGCACAGCUCGAGGCACCGCCCGCAGGCGACGACGACGAUGCCGCCGCUCCCGCUGCUGGUGGACCUCCAGGUGCAGCGGCAUCGGCCGGCGGCCCAAGCAAAUACGUGCCGCCAUCCAUGCGCGCGGGCGCACGGGGUGCAGGCGAGAGUAUGAACCGUCCCGGCGGCAACCGCGACGAUCUGCCCACGCUCCGUGUCACCAAUAUCUCCGAAGAUGCACAAGAGCAGGAUUUGCGCGACUUGUUCGGCACGUUCGGUCGUGUGGCGCGCGUUUAUGUCGGUCGCGAUCGCGAGACGGGCAUUGGAAAGGGCUUUGCGUUCAUCAGCUACGAGGAUCGCACACACGCGGAGAAGGCGAUGCAGAAGAUGCAUGGACGUGGAUACGACAGUCUUAUCCUCAACGUCCAGUGGUCUCAACCGAGGCCAGAGCAGCGCUAA